AUGGCAGCCGACCCUGUUCAAGUAUCCGAGAAGCGAGAUGAACAGAUUCAUACCACACAGAAAACUGAAGGAGUUACUCAUGUCUCCGACAGUGAUGCAUCAGAUCAGGAUUCCCUUGACCAGGAGGCUCAGGCUGGUGUCAGGGGAAUCCAGGCGGCUACAAAGGUGUGGACCAAGGGGCAUCUUAUCUUGGCAUAUGCGAUCAUUUGGUUCAUUUACUUCGUCACAUCCAUUCAGGAGGUUGUUAUACGAUCCUUGAACCCUUAUGUGACUAGUGCUUUCUCACUGCACUCUCUCACUGCGGCCACAAGUAUUAUGGCCAACAUAAUUGGCGGGUUGAGUAAAAUUCCGUUGGCAAAAAUUCUGGACACAUGGGGUCGGCCUCAGGGUAUCAGUUUGACAUUGAUAAUAUGGGUCGUGGGCUUUAUCAUGAUGGCUGCUUGCAACAACGUGCAAACUUACGCUGCUGCACAAGUUUUCUCUUCCGUGGGAUCCCAAGGAGUCAGUUAUUGCCUGACUGUCUUCAUUGCCGACACCUCAACCCUGAAGAAUCGAGCCCUGAUGUUGUCAUUUGCAACUUCCCCUUAUAUCAUCACAACAUGGAUUGGAGGUCCCAUCUCGCAGAGUGUGCUGGAAGGCCCUGGCUGGCGAUGGGGAUUCGGAAUAUUUACCAUCAUCGUCCCGGUCGUGGUCUCGCCGCUAUGCAUUCUAUUCUUCUGGAACCACCAAAAGGCCAAGAAGAUGGGACUGAUCCAAUAUAACCGCAGUCCUCUGACCUUACAAUCAGUCAAGAAGUAUCUAAUCGAGGUCGACAUGCUCGGAAUUAUUCUUCUUGCUGGCGGUAUGGCACUGUUCCUUUUGCCGUUUAGUCUGUGGUCUUAUCAAAAGGACCAGUGGCGCUCUGCUAUGAUUAUAUGCAUGAUCAUCUUCGGAGGAGCUCUGAUCAUUUUGUUUGCUGUCUAUGAGAGAUUCUGGGCUCCGGUGACCUUCAUCCCCUUCAAACUCCUGAUGGACCGAACUGUCUUCUUUGGCGGAUUGAUGUUUGUGUUCGAGUUCUUUAACUCCAUGGUUUGGGGUAGUUACUUUGGCUCCAUGCUCCAGGUCGUCUGGGGUCUGGAUGUCACGGAAGCCAGUUAUGUCUCAGCCAUUUACCGAGUUGGAUCGUGCCUGUGGUGCCUGUUUGUCGGAUAUCUGAUCCGUUGGACAGGCCGCUUCAAGUGGCUAGCAGUUUAUUUCUCUUUCCCCCUGAUGAUUCUCGGAGUGGGGCUGAUGAUCAAGUUCCGCCAACCUGAUGCAGGUAUUGGUUAUAUUUGCAUGACUCAAAUUUUCGUCGCAUUUGCGGGUGGUACUACCGUUAUCUGUGGUGAACUUGCCAUGAUGGCACCUUCUGACCACCAGCACAUUGCUGUUGUGCUUGCUAUUCUGAAUCUUUUCAGUAGUAUUGGAAGUGCGAUCGGAGGUACCGUUUCCGCAGCUAUCUGGACGAGCCAGUUCCCUAAAGCUUUGGCAAAGUAUUUGCCAUCAGAAGUCAACGUGGCGUCCGUCUACUCAAACAUCAACGUUCAGCUAUCGUAUCCCUUCGGAAGCCUGGAAAGAAAUGCGAUCGCUCAUGCAUACGGAGAUGCGCAGCGUUACAUGCUUAUAACUAGUGUGUGCAUGCUGGCUCUCGCCUGGGGCUGUACUGCGUUAUGGCGCGAUAUCAAGGUCAAGGACUUCAAGCAGGUGAAGGGAACUGUGUUUUGA